AUGAAGGUUAUCGUAUUGCUGUGCGCAGCGGGAAUCGCAACCGCUGGGAACCUUCUGCACGCUGCAGCGCCUGUGACCUAUAGCGCUGCACCAGCAGUGUCCCACGUUUCGUAUUCGACCCAUGGCUCUCUCGCUGGACCUGUAGCGUACUCUGGAGCAUACGCCGCCCGCCCUGCAUUAUCCUCCUAUGCAGCCCCGUCCUUUGGGUACCAAAGUUACUCGACCCAAUCUAUUCCCAGCAUCACCUCGUAUGGCGCUGGCAACGUUAUCUCGAAACAAAUUUCCCCAAUUGCGACCUACUCCUCAGCCCCAGCGGUUUCUUACCAAACGAUCUCUUCUAAUUCGGCGCCUUUAACUUAUUCGACGGGCCCUGUGGUUUCUAGGGCGUAUGCUGCGCCUGCUUACUCCACUUACGCGGCCCCAGCGAUCUCUACAUACAAUUCCGUCCCCGUUUUAGCUAAGACCAUUUCUCCUGCCUUGUCUUACUCCACAGUCUCCGCUCAUUCCGCUCCCUUAGCAACCUAUGCCACCGCAGCGCCUUACUCAACGUAUUCAACAGUGCCUGCACUCAAGGGUGCCGUUUCAUAUUCAGCUGCUCCCGCCGUCGCUCACGUAUCUUACUCGGGCCUGGGCGCAAGCUACGGCUGG